AUGAAGGAGAUAGAAAGAUGGAAGCCCCCGCCACAAGACUGGCUGAAAUGCAAUAGUGAUGCAGCAUGGGAUGAAUCAAAAGAAAAUUGCAGGCUGGGGUGGGUUCUAAGAGAUCAUAUGGGCUGUGUCUUAUGGAUGGGAGCGAGAUCCUUGAGUCGCUUGAGAUCACCUAUUGAAGCUGAAGCAGAAGCGCUAAGAUGGGCUUUACUCAACAUGGUACGCUUCAACUACAGAAGGGUCAUCUUUGAAUCCGACUGUAAGGAGUUGAUUCAGGCCAUUCAGGAGGAAAGCUAUCGCCCAAGCAUCCGCACCUACACUGCAGAUAUCCUUCAUAAGCUGGAUAAAAUAGGUGAUCACAGAGUAGUCUUUAAGAGUAGACAAGGGAAUGAAGUGGCAGAUAGAGUAGCAAAAGAGGCUUCUAACUUUGAGAGUAACUCCUCUGUUUUGUUUUCUACUAUGCCUUCUUGGAUUCAAACUUAUGUUGAGGCUGAUAAGCCUAUGGUGUAA